UACAACGGCCGGAACGCACAAGGCUGUAUUGUUUAUUUCGCUUACAGCCCACUUGUUACUAGGAUCUUUGACUAGGAAAUCUUAAACGUUCCACCAAUCCCGUACGUGCGAAUAGAAACGUUCGACAAGUUUAGCCAUCUUGCAGUAGGUUAAGUGCAGAGGAGUGAAAUUGGUUGGCGAACGGUGACAAGCUUCUAUCAUCGACGAGAAAAAAGAUAAUAUUCUUGCGAAGGAAGAUGUCGGAUUACAAGGAAAUAAUUCGUAACCCGAAAACCCUGAACUGGUUUAAGACGGCUAUGGGUAUGAACAUCACACGUGAAGGUCUGCUCGCCAUUGUUCAGGAAAUCACUCGAGCGUGUUAUGCUGACAUUCGAAAAGUGAUCCAGAGAAAACACGGCGUUUCAACGUAUGUUGUUUGUAAUCAGUGUCACACUCCAAAUGUCUUGCCGUGCGACCUUACGAACAAGACCUGCAAUAGACAAGGUUUGAAAUGCGCAUUUCACGAAAUUCACAAGCCACUUAAUUGUCGAAAUAACAACUUAUGCAAUGAAAUUUGUAAACAAAUUGUAGAACAACACCGAUUUCGAAACAAACUAAAAUUGCAAAGCUUUCUUGGCCCUACCUGGAUAUUCACGGAUGCUUCUAAAUGGUGCACAGAUCCGUGGCAGAUUGCAAAGUGCUUUCUGUCAAAAGAUGGGUCAAAGGACGUCAACAAUGCAGACGAUACCGACUUCAAUGGAAUCAUAAAUGUUAUUAUCAACUGUGAAUACUUUCAAAGAUACUUCAAGGACGACCUGACGCAACAAGUGAAUGUGUGCACUAAGUGUAAACAGCUGUCCCUCCUCUUUCAAAGCAUCACCAUCUUACAGGAGUGCUGUUGUACACCAUUGUGAUAUCUAUAUGGACACCUUUGAUGAAGAAAAAUACAACAUUUUCAAAGGUGUCCACAUUGAUGACCACAGUGUGUUGCUGCAUCAGCAUAUCUGCCUUGGUGGUGAAGAUGAGGUACCGUUUUGUUAAAUAAAACAUGAAUUUAAUGAUUAUUGACGGAAAACAAGUAAGUAAGAAGUUCUCUUCAUAUCUCUAGAACAUUACGUUUUACCAUAAAAUUCCUAUUUAACCAUAAACAAGCCCAAACCUCCUAUAUUUUGAUGCAAAAAAUCCUAUAUUUUUCCUAUAUUUUCACCUUAAGUCAGUUGACGGCCUGUGUAGUGUAGUGUAGUGUAGUGUAGUGUAGAAUAGUAUAAUAUACUGUAGUAUAGUACGGUAGUAAACAUAAUUUCUUAACUAACUCACAAUCUAGGCUAGAGAUGUGGGGCGUGCUGUACGUCAUUCCUCCACGAUGUCCAUGACCAGCCAGGACAGUGACAUAGCCGUUGUUGCAGAGUCUGAAACACGUCGAUCAUCAAACUGCGUCACUUACGACAGUGGACAAGUUAAUUAAGCUCAAGAAUGGGACUUAAGAUAUUACAGACGAAGAUACCGCUACGACCUUUGAACAUUUCAAAGACAAUUUGACAGAAGAAAUUAGAGACGUUCUUGAAAAUGAUAAGGUCUCACUUGUCAAAAAAAUGGAAGAUGCUUUAAAGAAUAUAGGAAACGAAAUCACAGAAGCAAUCAUCAAAGCUGGUUACGGCCAACUUGCAUCGAUAAAAAGAAAAGGAGAUGAAGUGCUGAAUGAGUUGGACAAUGCAGCAACAGCUGUAAAAGCAAUAAUUACGAACAAAACGGCGAACACAGACAAAUGUGAGCACCAAGGACUGACUGGUGAAGAGACUACAUCACCCAUGAACAGUAAAUUAUCGAAGAUACAGGCGUGGUUAAUAGAUGAGUACCAGACCAUGGGCGUCGCACCGGUUUCGAUGUUGCAUACUGAUAUUGAUGUACCUUUAGAACGUAUAUACGUAGCCCCGUCCAUCAGGGAGCUAAAGAGAGGCCAGAAAAACAGAAAUAGUGGGCAUGACCUGUUCCACACGUCACUGACAGGAACAGAUGUGAGCAGCUACAAUGAGUUACUGUGUCGUGAGGGGAAGCCGGUAAACACAAUUUAUAUCUAAGGUGAUCCAGGUUGUGGAAAAACAACGUUUUCAAUAAAGUUCGUUCUUGUUUGGUGUAAAGCCCAUUCAAAAAAGGUUGCUUCUAAAGAAGACAAGAGCAGAGAAACAACCAGCGAGGAAACAUCAAAUCAAACAGCAUUCAGCGAUCUUGACACUUUGAGAAACUACACAUUUCUGUUCUUUGUGUCAUUGCGGGAUUACAGCGGAACCAUGUGUAACGUCAGCGAAAUGAUAGAGGAUGCUAUAAAAAGCAAUAAACUAAGUUGGGAUGACGGUGUCUGGGAACAUAACUGUAUUGUUCUGACCGAUGCCGCUGACGAAUGGUAUCACCCCGAAAUAUCUUCCCUUCCGCCAUAUUUCUCUGUGUGCAAGUGCCGUAAAGACCGAAGUAUGCCACAGUAUUUAAAGCGAACAAACAUUACCAGCAUCAUAACCGCACGUCCAUGGAAACUUGCCGAGCUCACAAUUAGCGAUACUUUAACGCGUCUUUUUGACAUAACUGGCGUUUUGAACUACCAAACGUUGGCGGAAAAUGUGUUCCGUGUUUUAGCCGAGAUAGACUGUGUAUCGGAAAAAGAUCGACAAGUCAUAUCGACUGACUUUUUUAACAAAACGGCCAUCCAAAAUAUAGAAAAUCUCAUGGUUAUACCAGCUAUGUGUGUGCAAUUUGUGCAUCAGUUUUACGUUGGACGUUUAACGGGAGGUUCACAAUGUGCUAUAUAUAGCAAUAUGCUAGAUAUGCAUAUAGUCAGGGGAUUGCAAAAACUUCAUAUAAAAGAAUUGUGUACAGAAGAAAUCGUUUGUAAGGAUGUACCAGAUAUAUUGAGAACAGAAACAACCGAGCAUCUCCAGGGUAAUAUGUCGCUGGUUUGUUCCGCAAGUAAGCUUGCAUUUACAAUGCUGACAGACACUUGCAAACAAUCAUCGCUUGUAAUUCCAGAAAACAAAAUCAAGAAGCACAUUACGGAAACAGAACUGGAUUACUUACUUCAAACAGGGAUUAUUACAAAGAAAAAGUAUUUGGCACUUUGCCCACGAACGAAUGUUCCAUAUAUGUUUGUGCACAAAACCAUCCAGGAGUUUUUAGCAUCGUUGUAUAUUGCUAUGAAUCAGACAGAAAUGGAUACAAUUCUACACACACUACAUUUGGCGUAUUGUGAUGAAACGUAUAUUUUGGACAUAGGCCAGUUGUUCAUCUUUACGUGUGGAAUGUGUCCCCUGGCAGCUGAAAGAAUGUCGGAGCACAUCAAGGAUAUCAUCUCAUGUCACCUGGAAAGCAAACUACAGGAUACUUUAUCAGAAUUUUAUUUUCCAUCCAAAUUUUUGUAUGAAGCACAGCAGAUUAUAUUGAAUGGCUAUACUGAAGGCGAAGCAAAUGGACGGACGUGCGUUCAUCUCACGUUCAGUCAUAUCACAUAUGAACUUUCUUACAUAUUGCAAACGUGUCGACGAGAAGAAGUGUUCAAAACUUUAAUUGAUAUGAAUAAAUCAAAUAUUGUCAGCAUCGUAAAACCAUAUUCCUCAUCCGGAGAUUAUUUACAGGAAGUCAUUUCGCGUUCGAGAGAAACGUUGUCGUAUCUUACGCUCUCAGGUCAAGGAUACAUUGACCUACAUGGUCUAAAGCUCAAGUACUUUGCAUGUCGUGGAUAUAACGGUGUACAUAAUUUAGACUUUAGUAAUAUGGUGAAAUGUGAGUUACAAAUAGUGGAACCCUCGGAAGAAAGGGUCAUCUUCAAAUCGAUGUCAACAACUGGUGAAAACAUCAAAUUUCUUGUAAUUGAGAAAUGUACAUCAGUUGAUCUGCUCUGUACAUCUCUUACAAACAUGAGAAGCCUACACAGACUUACAUUAUUCAAUACAAAACUUGCGAAUACACCGUUGCACGAUUACCUUCCUGAAUCAAUCAGAGAAGUAAAAUUCUAUAAACCGAGCGUUUCCAAUCAAGUUAUUAGGUCGAUGUUGAAAUGGUCACAGUCACGGGACGUUUGCGUUAAAUGCAAAUUAAUAACCUGCAGUAUUUCAUAUCUGUCUUCAGAUGAGAUGAACGUGUUUCACUGGAUACAGCAGCAAGGCGGCAUUGUUAUUGAAUAUAUAUCCUCUAACGGUAUUUGCUGGAGCAGUCGUUGAUUUUCUAACAUUAACUACUAGUAUUCGAUACAUUACUGUGCUAACAAUGUGGUUAUCUAUGAAUAUAAAUUAUAUUAACCACUCUGUCAAACAACUUGCCACUCACCUUAGGAACUUUUAGACCAAUGUUUAACAAAAUUCUUACUUGUUCUAAUUUCGAUCUUAAACAGUACACAUUUCACAGUUUACGAAUUGGCGCUUGCACUCAAGCAGUCAUUUCUGGAAAGUCCGAACAGGAAAUCAUGUUAAUGGGGAGGUGGAAAUCCAAAGCUUACAGACGAUAUAUCCGUCUGCCUCAUGUCACCACAUAACUCCCAGAAUCUCAUUUCAUUUUCAGUCUUAUCAUCACCACAACUGAAACAUUUAACUGAAGGUAUUGGUUGUGUACCUUCAAGUUAUUUCUUUUCAUAUUUACUAUGGGCUUUUUGUGGAUCGGAUACAAUGUUCAUAUGAUGACAAUUGUGUAUAUACUAUUCCUUUGUGUGUGUGUAAUUACUAGUUAUCUUGGUUUCUUAUGGUGUUGAUUGCACUAAAAGUGUGCGUUAACAUGUGAACCAAUGCUAACCAACUGUAAAUACCUGUACAUAAAGCUUGUGUUUUUUUAUUGAGUAUCUUAUCUUAGAGGUCAAAUUCAUUUUCUGUUGUGUAUAUUGUUCAUGUUCAACAGCUUUUUACUACUUGUAUCUGCAUUGCAAACCCAUGUGUGUUUUACUUCCGCAUUAAAAUUGUCUGUAUUAUUAUUUUCAAUCAUUGCGGGACCAUACCACAUUUUAUAAUCAACUAUGUUAACUUGCUUGUACAUACAUAUAUCAUUACUAGAUGUUGUCUUAAUACUUUUUUUCAGUUAUAAUUUACAUGUAUUCUCUAUGGAAUUAUGUUCCAAAUAUACUGUCAUUGUCUCACUCGAAUUAUGUUUUACACAUACUGCCAUUGUCAGCUUGCGAUGUGCCAUGAAACCUUUUCACCUUGUGUCAUUUACCACUUAUUUUACUUACAUCAUGCCAGUUCUAUUGCAUUCUUAUGUUUUAUACGUUUUACUAGUUAGUAUUUUAUUUUACUUUUAUUUGUCAACUUUUGCAUUUUUUGCUUUUGUCUUACAUAAUGAAAUGCCAGACUGUUCAUGUAUAUAAUACUAUGCUCAACUUCCAUAUUUAUGCAUAAAUGGUUUGUCUGUAAUUUCCUGAUAUGAAACUUUCUAUAGGACUUGCGCUCUCCAUUUCCUUGGUUGGACUUGUUUGAGGACUUUGUUGUUCGUCCAACUUUAUGGGACAAUUUUGCCCAUUUUUGAUGGUUUAUUUACUUUAUUGCUUUUUGUUUACCAAUCAAUAAAUGCCGGUUGUCGCUUCUGCGCCAGCCCUUUUCAAAUCCACACAUUUGUUGUUUGGUUUCUAUGUCCCACAAAUGAACAAGGAAAUUUGGAGAGCGAAAAUAUAAAAUUAUAAUUUAUAAGACGCAGGAGUUAUAAAUUGAUUUAUAUUUAAAGCGUACUCACUCGCUACUUACUGCUUUGUAACCUUCUAAUUUAUACCGGAAGUAGCAUCACUUCAUCCGAACAAAGCAGAUUUCAUUGUGUCUGAAGCGCAAUUUUAACCACCAUCCCACCCCUUCCUCUUGCGUCGUUAGGAUUUUCAAUGUAUUUUUUACUGUGAUUUUACUGUGUUGUAAUUUCACUGUAUAAUGAUUACUUGCAUGCAUAAUAGACAUGCCACAGUGGUAUUAUGCCGAACUUUGUUGUUCGUCCAAUUUUAUGGACUUUGUUGUUCGUCCAACUUUAUUGGACAAUUUUGCCCAUUUUUGAUGGUUUAUUUACUUUAUUGCUUUUUGUUUACCAAUCAAUAAAUGCCGGUUGUCGCUUCUGCGCCAGCCAUUUUCAAAUCCACACAUUUGUUGUUUGGUUUCUAUGUCCCACAAAUGAACAAGGAAAUUUGGAGAGCGAAAAUAUAAAUUAUAUUAACAACAUGAUUGCUAGGGAUUAGAAUAUUUGUAGGACAAUAUAUGUGUUUUAAGGAUAAUUGUAUUGGAAAGGAGAGUGUGUGUAUUAAUUUUGAAAGUGCGUUGUUAUGCAUGAAGAAACUUCUUGCCCAAAGAAAUGGUUUGUUCGAGAAUGUGCGGUAUAUGCGUUAGAGAUUGAUACUAAUAUAUUCUUUAGAAGCGAACUACAUGUCGUUGUGAAUGAAUACUGUUUACACGCAAUACAAUGUAUAUAGCAUGCAGAUAUGGUAUUGUUCGUAGUGUCUUAUUAUUUAU